CACAUGGACCAUAGCUCUGCAAGUGGCACUGCCACAGAAGGGAGCUCCGCCAGGCUCCAAGGAACGAGACAGAGCCGUCCGCGCUUGAGAAAUGUAACUGCCUUCACAACCACCGCUGCUUUGACACCCCUCUUUGCUGCGAGGGUCUAGUUCCUCUGUGCAACCCCUCUGCCGUGCCCUCCCCCCCCAGCCACCCGCCAUGCCGGAGCUGGCAGAGCUGAGCACCCCCCGCACGCCCGCGGAUGCUGACCACAUCCAGAGGAACAUCCUGGAGGAGCACGUGGAGCUCUGGUGGUUCCAGGACCCCAAGAGGUCCAUCCUGUGCUACGGGGUGGCUGUGGUGUUGAUCCUGGCCUGCGGGAUCGGGGGCAUCAUCCUGCUGUACAGCACCAGCAGCCGGUCUGGGGAGUGGCGGCUGGCGGUGGGCACCACGCUCUGCCUCCUGGCCCUGCUCGUGCUGCUGAAGCAGCUGCUGAGCUCCGCGAUCCAGGACAUGAACUGCAUCCGCAGCCGGGAUCAGAUUGAGCUCCUGAAGAGCGGGGGCUUAUCGGACUGCCUGGUGCUGCUGCUCAGUGCCCUGGUGCUGCUGGUCUGCGGGGUGGUGCUCACCAUCCUCUCCACCACCACCAUGCAGCUCAGCCCGGCGCGGCCGCUGGCCAGCAUGUUCACCAGCGGGAUUGUCCUCCUGGUCGCCGGCAGCGUCAUCCUCCUCUGCCUGCUGCUCUACCUGCUCUGCACCUCCUGCUGCCAGGCUGCCCCGCGGGGCCUGGAGACGGGCGAGAUCCGGGUCUUCACCAUCUCCGGCCGCCUCGCUGCCAACAGGCGCCUUCCUCCCACCUCCAGCAUGGCCAACCUCAUCUGACCCGCAGCCACUCCAUCUGCUCCAGGACACUCCUGCGUGAGGCUCGCUGGAUACGGCCCCUCUCAGGGCUUGUGCUGGCCUUUCCCAAAGGAAGGGCGCGAUUUGUGCCUUGGAUUUCCUUCAGAGAUGACUGGCAUUUGCUGCACCUGGGCUAACAGCGUGGCAGGGACUUUGGGUUGCCUGGACAGGCUUUGUGAUCCGGAGCUUUACGAGCACAGCGCUGGCCUGUUCUGCUUUCUAUCUCAGCAAAGCUGCCUGUGACAGCUGCUCCCCACCCCGCCGGCUGCGUCCCGCUGUCACAGAGUCAGGUGAGCCUGUCCCGCACCUCGGGGGACCCCAGGACAUGGCUCCUGCUGUUCCCUGGGCCAUGCUGCUCCUGGCAGGAGAGGCUGCGACCGCUGGUGGUGUAAUCCCAGCCUCUGAGAGAGCUCUUGUGGGGGGGAUUUGUGGGGGAGUCUGUGUGCCAGAGCCCCUGAAAUGCCACUUGUUUCUGCAGUGUCAAGUUCUUUCCCACUAUUCCCUUGCUGCAGCCCCACCAUCUCAGGUCUGGGGCUGCUCAGCACAGAGAGCUGCUGCUCUGCC